AUGUACACGAUGACUAUGGAUUAUGAAAAUAAAACACCGAUGAACGAAGAAGUGGUCCUACCCAAUUUGGAAAAUAACCAGUCUACCGCCGUCGAAAUUCUACGAUAUUCAAUCAAUGAACUGCAACGCAAACAAACUGAUAUUCAUCGUCAUAUUGGUCAACUCUCAGCGGUAAUGUCUGAUUUUGAAUAUCAUAUGGCUCGAGUGCGUGAUAUAUGUUCAACAUCCAAAGAUGACAACAAUGAGUUAUGUCAUUCGUUACUCUCCCAUUUGAAUUCCGUCAUACUCGAUACACGGUCUGCCCUAGCUGCAUCAACAACAAACUCGAAUGAUGCUCAGCAAGUUCAUGAUCUUGUUGAUCGCCUCUAUGAAGAAAACCAACAAAUAGCUCAACAUGUUGACAAUUUAUUGAAACAAGAUCAAUUCGAUAUCGACAUAAAAGAUGAGGAAUGUAUUGGAGAGAAAGAUCACGACCAGGAGGAUCAUUUACAAAAAGCAAUUGAGCAAAUCGAACUUGCUCUGGAACAAAAUCUUCGCGAGAAGCAACUUAUUGACAAGGAGCAAGAACACUUCGAACAAAAUCAGAAAACAAUCGAAACAUUUAUUCAAACAACCGACAAAUUACACGAAGAAGCACUUAACAAACUACGAGAACAUAUUCGAGUGUUACGUGAACAUAAUCAAUCAUUGAAACAUUACAACGAACAAAUCGACACAUUGGCAAAACGAUUACCCGAAACUUUAUUUUUAUCUGUUUAA